AUGGGGUUCAGGGAUGUAUGCAUGGAUGGUGAGGGAUCAGACAGGGGUCUUGAGUUGUGGGAUGACUGGAGAGUUGUGCGGCAUGACAUGUUCAUGACUCAUCUUCUUAUCGGCAAGUCAGUGAUAGUUAUUGAGCGAUUUGUUGUAUCUCGAGUGAUGAGGCAGUAUGAUGCGGGGGUAUUGCCCCAAUACAAGGAUUGGUUUCAGAGUCAUCCCUUUCCUAGGUUUACAGACCCAGUUGAGCAUGCACCUCUCAUAGAGGAGGUUGAGGAUGAGGCCCCUGUAGAGGCACAGGGUGGAGGAGAGGAGGGGCGAGUAGCUCCUAGACAGGUGCGGCAAAGGAGGGAUGAGCAGGGUGGAGAUGGAGGCGAAGAGCCUGUGAGGGAGCAGAGGCAGCUGAUGCAGCAUGAGAAUCCUGUGGAAGGGGGGAGCUCAGGUGGAAAAUAUCCCGAUUCUCCUUUGGAUUCGGGGGACCCAGGGGAAGGUCCAAGACCACGUGAGGAGCAGAUAGCAGGAGGCAGCGGGAACGAACAGGUUCAAAUUUCAAAUUUGGGAGGUGGUAUACCGAAAGCGGCUCUAGGUCAGCAAACGUCACCACAUUUCAACAGGAUAGAGGAAGAGAUCAUCAAAGAGUUGGGAAAUGAAUUGAAGAAAGAAGACAACAAAAAAAUAGAUCAUCAAGAGAAGGAGCAGAAUAACAAGGAUUCAGAUCAUGGAGAAAUAAAAUCACAAUUUAGCAGCCAAAAUGAGGAAACAAAAGAGGAUAAGACUGAGCAAAACUCAGAUAAUGAUGAGAAUAAUGGAGAUAAUCAAUCCAAAGUCAAUAAAGAGGAAGGAGAAAAUUUCAACUUAGUUUCUAAUUUGACUGAGUUAGAAAAAGAAAUAGACUGGAUCCAAGAUGCUCAACCCGAUAAUAUUCUGGAUCAAGGGCUGUCAGAGAUCUCAUUAGCCUCUCCAGCUAAGGUGAAGAUGACUUUUCUGGAGGAUAAAGAGCCAAAAUGGGGAGAUGAGGAAGACGUUAAAAAAGCAUUGGGAAAGAGUGAGUCUAAACAGGAGGAAGAAGAAACAAUGGAGGAUAAAAGAAAGAUCAAGCAAAAAAAAAGAAUAACAACUGUAGACGGCAUCCAUAGAAACCAAAGAAGAAGAUUAGAAGCCGAGAGAAGGAAAUUCAGGGACAUCGAAGGAAAAAUGGGAGGACAUAAAAAAAGGUUUGAACCUACUUCCUACUCAGAUUGGAGGAAGAACAGGGAAGUGUGGGAUAUCCUUCAGGAGGGUGGUUUGAGUGUGUUUAUGGAGAGGCUUAGUGGGAAAGAUCCUGCGGUCACCAAACAUUUUAUCAAGAACUGGAAGAAUGGAAAAAUCUUGGUUGGGUCCCAUAUGAUGAUUGUAGAUGAGGAGAUUAUAGCUGAAGCUACGAUGAUAACUGAGGGCAUGAAAUUUUAUAGGGACCGUAGCAUCUUCGAUAAAGCUGCAGACAAAUUCCAUGUCACGGAUGAUGAGAGGAAGAAGAUGGUAAAAGUUGACAGUUCUUAUCAUUCCCCAAAACAAAUAUGCAGGCCAUGGAGGUUUGUUUUAUUCGCUACUAUCACUUAUAUUACUUUGGAUGGUAGGUUUACUAGAGCCUAUGGUCACCAUUUUGUUUUGCUCAACUAUUUUCGCCAUGGUGAAAAGAGUAUUGAAAAACCUAUUAAAGGCAAAUAUGAAAGAGAUGAGGACACGGAGAGUGAAGCCAGUGGCUUCAAUUUUGAUUCCGAGACUGAAGGUGAUUCGGAGGAGACUAGCAAAAAAGGUAUGAAUAAGGCUAAGAGGAAAAGGAUUAUGGUGGACUCAGAUAUUUCAGAGUCUGAGGCCGAAUCCUUUGAAGAGAAAUUUAUUAAAAGAAAGAAAGGGAAAGUUACUGGAAAGCAAACGCAGAGGAAGAAGACCAACAAGGAAAGCAAUAAAGAUAUCAGCCAAAUCCUGAUUGAUUCUGAAGAAGAGGCAGAGGAGAAUAAAAAGGAUGAGAGACAAGAUAAGGAUGGGGAGGAGAACCAGGUCACAGACAACAUUGAGGGUUUGAAUGCCCAAGGUAUGCAGAAAGAGGAGCAAGAAGACAAAAGUGGUAAGAUUAGUGAUUGUGUUGGUGAGAAUGAGACUAUAAAGGGCUUCUGUGAGACAGUUGGUACAAUGGUGAAGGAUAUAGGUAGCUUGAAGAAAGAUAUGUUGACUGUCAAAAGAGCUAUGGUUGGAGAGAAACCCCUAGCGGAAAAUGUUAAAGAGUUGGCAGUUGCAAUUAAUAACAUGGAAGUCAUUGAAAGGAUGGUGGGUAAAAUUAUUGCCACUGAAAAAAGAGAUGAGGACACGGAGAGUGAAGCCAGUGGCUUUAACUUUGAUUCAGAGAUUGAGGGCGACUCAGAGGAGACUAGUAAAAAAGGUAGGAACAAGGCUAAGAGGAAAAGGAUUGUGGUGGUUUUAGAUAUUUCGGAGUCUGAGGCCGAAUCCUUUGAGGGGAAAUUCAUUAAAAAAAAGAAAGGGAAAGUUACAGGAAAGCAAAUGCAGAGCAAGAAGACCAGCAAGGGAAGCAAUAAAGAUAUUAGCCAAAUUAUGCUUGACUCUGAUGAGGAGGCAGAGGAGAAUAAAAAUUAUGAGGGACAGGAUAAGGAGGGGGAGGAGAAUCCGGUCAUGGGCAACACUGAGGGUUUGAACACCCAAGGUAUGCAGAAACAGGAUCAAGAGGACAAAAGUGGUAAGCUUAGUGACUGUGUUGGUGAAAAUGCGACUAUAAAGGGUUUCGGUGAGACCGUCGAUACAAUGGUGAAGGACAGUGACAACUUGAAGAAAGAUAUGAUGGUUGUUAAAAGAGAAACGAUUGGCGAGAAACCCCAGUCAAAAAAUGUUAAAGAAUUGGCAGUUGUAAUUAAUAAUGCAGAAGCCAUUGAAAGUAUGGCGGGUAAAAUUAUUGCCACUAAAAAAAAGGUUAAAGAGACAGAAGAAAACAAGGAGGUGAAAGGGAUGGAAACUCCUAUGAACAAUCUAGAUGCAGGUGGGAACUGGGAACCUGGAGGUAUCAUCGGUCCAUUAGCAGAUUCUGGUGGAAAUCUCCCAUUUCGUGCUUAA